AUGACGUCCAGACUUUCCUACUGUGGACUCUCAGAGAGUCACUGUGAAGUUGUGGCAUCAGCUCUGAAGUCCAACCCCACCCAUCUGAAAGAGCUGGACCUGAGUCACAACAAGCUGCAGGAUUCAGGAGUAAAACUGCUAUCUGCUGGACUGGAGAGUCCGAAGUGUAGACUGGAGACUCUGAGAUUGAGGUCUUGCAAUUUGUCAGCGAUCAGCUGUGCUUCUCUGGCCUCAGCUCUGAAGACCAACCCCUGCCAUCUGAGAAAGCUGCAGCUGGGCCUCAACUACUUGCAGGAUUCAGGAGUGAAGCUGCUGUGUGGUUUUCUGGAGAGUCCACACUGUAGACUGGAGACUCUGAGAUUGUGGGGCUGCAAUUUGUCAGAGAUCAGCUGUGCUUCUCUGGCCUCAGCUCUGAAGACCAACCCCUCCCAUCUGAGAGAGCUGGAGCUGAGUAACAACACGCUGCAGGAUUCAGGAGUGAAGCUGCUGUGUGAUUUUCUAGAGAGUCCACACUGUAGACUGAAGACUCUGAGAUUGGGUGACUGCAGUUUGUCAGAGAUCAGCUGUGCUUCUCUGGCCUCAGCUCUGAAGUCCAACCCCUCCCAUCUGAGAGAGCUGGAGCUGGGUGACAACAAGCUGCAGGACUCAGGAGUGAAGUUGCUGUGCGAUUUUCUGGAGAGUCCACACUGUAGACUGGAGACU